GUUUUAAUGUGUGUGUUAGGAAACAGAAGUAGCAAACUGUUUUUAAAUGAAAAAUUUAAACAUUCUGUGACUAAUGGAUACAGAGCCAACAUUUUAUCAUACUUUUUUAUAGGAUAAAAAAAAAGGAAGGCAAGAAAAUACACAUGAAACAUGUUAGAUCUACAUAUUUCCAAGGUUAACGUACGCUAUUCUGAAUACUGUGUAUAAAAACGAAAUUCUGCUCAUGUUAUGCAGUAUGGAUUUCAUAUUAGAACGACAGAACGAAAGAAACAAAAUACGUUUUGUUCUCGAUAGGAACGAAGGAUUUUUUUCUUGCGGUAGAGACAGAUCAAAUAAGAUUAUUUGUCCCAGUGAAUACGUAUCUCGCAAACAUUGUAUGUUUCAUCGGAGUAAUAAUGAAUUAUAUGUCACUGAUUUAAAAAGUUCAAAUGGAAUUUUUAUCAAUGGUUUACAACAACAAUCUGGAGAGCCAAUUCAACUGUAUGAGAAUGAUGUCAUUGGAAUUGGCUGUGAUUAUGUUGAUACAGAUAAUGAUAAGUUGUACGCUUACAAAAUUUACAUCAAUAAGCUGUUUUCUUCUAACAAUGAAGUAAAAGAAGAAGAAGAAAGUGAAAUGGCAAACGCAGUUUUCAAUAAUGAUGGACCGUCAAGAGUAUCUGCAUCUUCUACAAACCGUAUUGUGGGAGAAAAAUGUAAAUCUGAUAGAACAAAUUGUGAUAAUUCAGUGCCAUGUAAAAUAAAAUGCACAAAUAACAAAGAGCGUAAUUCUAGAAUCAAACUUUCAGAAGGAAUUGCCUCUGAGUCUUCUCAUAAUAACCAAAACCUACACAAUGGACGUAAUACAAAUAAUUUAAUAGAAGUUAAAACUAAUGCUGUACAUAUGGAAAUAGAAAAUGAUGAUAUUGAAAUAAUUCAUACAUCAUUGUCAAAAGAUGUAAAGAAGUGUAACACUAAAAAUUCUAAUCUUUUAUCACCGAAAUAUUUGAAUAAUAAUAAUAAAUCAAAUUUGAAUCAUAAGGCAUCUCAAUAUCCAUCAACAUCACACAAGAAUUACAAAAGUGAGAUAAUGGACAGCAAUGAUGAAGAUAUGUUUGAUAGUGAUAAUGAAAAAAACACAAGUAAAAUACAUAUCACAAAAAAUGUAUCGAAUAACAUUGAUAAAAUGAAAGAUUCAUUGAACAUUGCAAAAAAUUCUACACAUGCUAAUAACAAAGUUACCAAGGUAAAAAAUAAGCAACAAAGAACGGACCAUGAUAAAAAAGGAGCAACUGUUAAUUGUAAAACAACUUGCAACAAAUCACCAAUUGAAUUGAAAACAGUAAAGCAAGAAUCAAGAUUUUCAGAAAUUGAUAUUAUCGAUAUAAUAAGUGACGAGGAGGAUGAGCUAUUUCCUUACUCUCAAUUAUUUGAUAGCAAAUUCGAAGAAAGUGUAGAAACUAAAGUAAAGAUUGAAUGUGAUAACGAUGAUCAAAAUAUCGAGAAGAAUGAUCGACCGGAUGUGGAUGAUGAAGUUGUUAUUUUAUCGGAUAGUGAAGAUGAGGAUAAUCCAUGGUUGGAACGAUUAUCUCGAAGUCAAAUAAUUAAAGAAGAUAAUGAAUCUAAUUCAAAUAACUUAAUAAAGGAUGAACUCGAUUUGGGAAUUUGGGAAGCAGAUGAUAUCGCGAACAUAAUACAAUCUGUGGUACCAGAUAACUUAGAAAUUUUUGACAAGAAAGAUACAUCUCUUGAAUUAGAUACAAAUGUAGACGACAAAAGUAAAGAUGCUGAUAAUAACAAUAAUGCUGACUUGAUGAAGGAAGGGAACGCCAUGGAUAUAGAUGAUGUUGGGCCUUCUAAGGACCAUGAACCUAAUUUGGAAUCUAAUUUGGAACCUAAUUUGGAACCUAAUUCUAAUUUGGAACCUAAUUUGGAACCUAAUUUAGAACCUAAUUUGGAAAGUGUUAGUGAUACAAGUAAAGAGAAAACAGAUAUAGAGCAAGAUACUAAUAAACUAGAUAAAUCAGAUAAAGAAAAAGUAUCCGUGGAAAGUAUGAAACCAAAAUUAAUUAAGGAAAGGAAGUCGGUCACAACAACCAAAAUGUUGAUUCCAGUAAUAGAACCGUUACAUUUACCUAAACGAAGAGGACAAACUAAUCGUAGCAAGGAUAAAACAUCGAAAGCACAUGAGAAAAAGUCACCGAUAAAAUCAAAAACGGAAGAAAAGGGGAAAACAAAAUCAAGAUUAAAAAUAAAAUUUAAAGAUGGCUUGUAUAAUAAGCAUCAGAAGGAGACACCCAAGUCGCCAACUGAUUAUCACUCAGAUGAAACAAAAGCAGGACCAUCUAUUUCUAAAGAUGAGAAAAGGAUAAUAAUCGAGAAGAGAAAAGAAAAGUUAAAGGAGAUAGCUGCAGAAGAAAAGAGGCAGGCCGCCAAAAAUAAUCAAAACGUUCAACGCAGGAUCGCUAAACCGAGAGCUAAAAUAUCUUUAAAGAAUCGAGGUGAUUUUCUCAUUGCUGAGCAAGAACCGUGUGUAUCUAAGUCGCUUCCAGAUAAGUCUACAAAAGUGCCAAAAUCGAGCACUAAGAAGCAGGAUCAAGCUGAUAUACUCAAAAAGUCUACGACUUUUAAUGUAGGAAGAAAUCGAACAAAUGUUUCUAAGGAUACGGUAAAUGCCACAUUGUUACAACAAACUACAAAAGUGCCAAAAUCGAGUACUGAUCACUCAGAGGAUUGGCUCACAGAUCAAGCUGAUAUACUCAAAAAGUCUACGACUUCUGAUAUAGAAAGAAAUCAAACAAAGGACAUUUCUAAAAAUACAGAAAAUGCCACAUCCUUACAACAAACUACAAAAGUGCCAAAAUCGAGCAUUGAUCGCUCAGAAGAUCGGUUCACAGAUCAAGCUGAUAUACUCAAAAAGCCUACGACGUCUGAUGUGGGAAGAAAUCAGACAAAGGAUAUUUCUAAAAGUACAGAAAAUUCCACAUCGUCACAAGCUUUACACUCAAAAUCAUUUAUUAUACGCUUAAAUAAUAUUUCUGACACUAAGCAAGUUCCUAAAGAUAGUACAAAGAGUUCCAUAGCAUCUGAAAAAGACAAAAAACAUAGCAAUAGUAAAGAAACGAAAAGGAUUAAUACAAAUAUGUCUGAAUCGCGAGAUAGAUCCACUGAAGGUACUUCCGCUUUGGUGCAAGAUAACAAAGAAACGAAAGAAACAGCGAACAGUCUAAAAUCGAUUCUCAUAAUACGUUCGAAACUAAAGGCAAAAAAAAAGAAAGUGACUUUUUGCGAAAAACCGUUUAUAAAAGAAUAUGAAAUUGAUCUACGUAAUAAUAUGAAAAAAUUGUUGGGAAAAGAUGCACCUAUACCUACGAAUAAAUUAACAAAGAAGUCCACAGCUUGUGUAAACUGGGUCCCGAAACUUGAUGAAUUCCUGUUGCGGAUUUUCAUGUGGAAUCCCUUGUGGCUCGAUGAGCAGCGCAAAUUGAACAAGGAGCCACCGAUUGUGUCGCCUUGUGAAAUUCAACCCAUGAAAUUAAGCUACGAGUCGUACAAACAAUAUUACGAAGUCGCCAUGCCCCUCCUGUUGCACGAGAUAUGGUACACUAUGACUAAAGACUUCGAAGCAAUCGAGAAGAAUACGCAGCGCGCUACUAUGAUAUGUUCCGUGGUCCAGAAUUCGAUUACGCGCACUCCGAUAUCGUCGACUAAUCUGUUCCUGACGACCAUGAUGAUCGAGGUACUCGUCAGCAGGAUGGAUCUUGAUAAACCGAUGCAUCCAGUUUACGGAGAUCUUGUCGUUCUUCAAUUAAAAAACUGUCAGAUAUUCGCAUACGUCAUCAAUAUGUACCAAACGAUUAUCACAGACUUCACGCAUUACAAUAAGGAGUUAAGACGCCACGUGCAAAAUCCGUAUGCAGUGGUGACGUAUACUUUGCAGACGCGACCUUUGGACUGCGAUGUUCCUAUUAAUCGGGUGUACAGAAUUCGAACGGUUAUGUAUCUACGAGCAAAUAUGAGAAUGGUGCAGGCGCUGCAGUAUUUACCUCAGUCGCCUCUUCUGGAUUCAAUUCUGAAUCCGAGAUACCAGGACUACCAAUUGCCGUCGAUGACCAAAUCGCCCGGCUCGCUGAUCACGAAGGACAAUUUAAAUCAGAAACAACUGGAAGCGGUAUAUCGAGUGUCGCAGACUGUUCUGAACAAAGAACCCAAACUGUGCUUUAUUCAGGGGCCGCCGGGAACGGGCAAGUCCAAAGUUAUCGUCAAUUUGGUGACUCAGAUACUGUAUAAUGAAAAUGCAAACAAUAAAAGACCUUUGAAGAUCUUGGUUUGCGCGCCGUCUAAUGCCGCUAUUGAUGAAAUUGUGUUGAGACUUCUGAAAAUCAGGUCUACCUUGGAAAACAAGAAAUCUUUCAACAUGGUGCGCAUUGGUCGACCGGAAACUAUGAAUCCAUUGGCUAAAGCUAUUUCCGUGACGGAAUUGGGGAAACGGCUCUUGCGCAGCUCAAACGCGAUCAAAAAUAAAUCGCCUAGUGAUAAGGACAAGGAUAUUGAGGUGAUAAAGUCGCUCCUCAACGAGCUAAAUCUUCAAUCUGCGAGCUCCCAUAUAGAUGAAGCGGAGAGGCAGGAAGUAGAAAAAAAACUAGUUAAUGUAAAGAUGGACUACGAGUUAAAGAAAUGUGGUAAAACGGUGGACGAGUUCACUUCAAAGGAACGCGCUAAAUUUCAACGUAUGGCGGAGAACUCGAUUCUCACAGGCGCCAACAUAAUCACCUGUACACUCUCGUCUUGCUACACAAAUCUGAUGGAGUCGAAAUUCGGUGGUAACAAGGAAAGGAUAUCCGUUUGUAUCGUUGACGAAGCAACGCAAAGCUGCGAAGCGGAGACCUUGAUACCGUUGAUGCUGGGGGUGAACACGCUAGUUUUAGUAGGCGAUCCGAAUCAGUUGCCCGCGACAGUCUUGAGCCAGCGGGCGAAGAGGCUGGGGCUGGAUCGAUCGAUAUUUGCGAGGAUGCAGAGCGUCUUCGCGUCGCAGACGCGCAGUCCGAUAAUAAUGCUGGACACGCAAUAUCGUAUGGAUUACUCUAUCUCGUAUUGGCCGAAUAAAUUCUUCUACGGCGCAAAAUUGAAAAACGCCACCGAUUGGAAUACAAAUUUCCCAUUUCACGGGUACAAAGUGUUGGACCACACCUCCGCGCAAAAUGACGACAAAUUCUCCAACUCCACCGAAGCGGAAUUCGUGGCUAAUAUAAUUUAUACUAUGCUGAUAUUCCCGAAGUGGGAGGAGGACGCCAAGAUUUCUGUUGGCGUUCUCACGCCAUACAACAAUCAAAGGACUCUUGUGCUGAAUAAAAUUAACGAAAGGAUAUGCACUGUACCGGAUAAAAUAAGAAAGAGGAUUAACUUCGAAGUUAAUACGGUCGAUGGUUUCCAAGGUCAAGAGCGAGACGUUAUAAUAAUGUCCUGCGUUAGAAGCCACGGUAUUGGAUUUUUGUCGGACAAGCAAAGACUUUGUGUAGCCCUCACAAGAGCUAAAUACAGCUUGAUAUUAUGUGGAAAUUUCCAAACAUUUAAGAAGGAUCCAAUGUGGCAUGCACUGUUAACUGAUGCACUAACUCGCGGACAUUUAUGUCCCGUGGAUGCCAAUGCAUCACCUUCCAUUAUCAAAAAAUUCAUCGUCAAAUGAAAGAAUUGUAAUAAAGUAUUAUUGUUGUUAGACUUAAGUUGCGCCAUAAAAAUAAUUGUACUUUUUUUAUACGUUUUUUUGUAUAUCUUGUAAUAUUUCCUUUUAUCGAUGUACUUAUAU